AUGGACAACUACCAGAAACUGGAAAAGAUUGGCGAGGGAACAUACGGUGUCGUCUACAAGGCUCGUGACCUGAACAACGGCGGGCGCAUAGUGGCCCUGAAGAAGAUCCGUCUCGAAGCCGAAGAUGAGGGUGUCCCGUCGACCGCCAUCCGCGAGAUCUCGCUGCUCAAGGAGAUGCGCGACCCCAACAUUGUGCGCCUGUUCAACAUUGUGCACGCCGACGGCCACAAGCUCUACCUCGUUUUUGAGUUCCUCGAUCUCGACUUGAAGAAGUACAUGGAGUCGCUGCCCACUAGUGAUGGAGGCAAGGGGAAGGCUCUGCCCGAGGGCACAAGUGCUGAGCUCCACCGUUUGGGAUUGGGCGAUUCGAUUAUCAAGAAGUUCAUGAGCCAGUUGUGCGAGGGUGUUCGUUACUGCCACAGUCACCGCAUCUUGCACCGCGAUCUCAAGCCGCAGAACUUGUUGAUUGACCGCGACGGUAACCUGAAGCUUGCUGAUUUCGGUCUGGCCCGCGCCUUUGGUGUUCCUCUGCGCACCUACACCCACGAGGUUGUCACUCUUUGGUACCGCGCUCCGGAAAUUCUGCUUGGUGGCCGCCAGUAUUCCACUGGUGUCGACAUGUGGUCGGUAGGCUGCAUCUUUGCCGAGAUGUGCACGCGCAAGCCUUUGUUCCCUGGUGAUUCGGAGAUUGACGAGAUCUUCAAGAUCUUCCGCUUGCUCGGUACCCCCACCGAAGAUGUUUGGCCCGGCGUGACCUCGUAUCCCGACUUUAAGGCCUCUUUCCCCAAGUGGGUUCGCGAUUACAGCAAGCCCCUGUGCGACAACCUCGACGACACAGGUCUUGACCUUUUGGAAAUGAUGCUGGUGUACGAUCCCGCUGGUCGCAUCUCUGCCAAGCAAGCCUGCAACCACCCCUAUUUCGAGGACUUUCCCCGCCAGAGUGCUGGAUACCGUUAG